CUGCCAUCAUCUCGCGAAAUUUUAACGUUAACUUCAUUAACGACACAAGACUUUGCUAACUGAUGAAUAGCUAGCUAGUAGUUAUUGUGUUUUAGAUAUAAUUUAUUUUUUUAUGUAGCAGUUAUAGAAAAUUUUAAGUAUCAUUUGGACAUCAGAGAGCUUCAGAGGAUGCUAACUACGGGAACGGCUGUAACUAACGUCACAGCCCUAGCCCAAGUAGACCGGGAGAAAAUUUACCAAUGGAUCAACGAGUUGUCCAGCCCAGAAACCAGAGAAAAUGCCCUGCUGGAGCUAAGCAAGAAACGCGAAUCGGUGCCGGACCUGGCGCCGAUGCUCUGGCACUCCUUCGGCACCAUUGCUGCACUGUUGCAGGAAAUAGUGAACAUCUAUCCAUCUAUAAACCCGCCAACGCUCACAGCUCAUCAGUCUAACAGAGUGUGUAAUGCCUUGGCACUUCUGCAGUGCGUCGCCUCUCAUCCAGAGACGCGGUCAGCUUUUCUUGCAGCUCACAUCCCUCUUUUCCUUUAUCCCUUCCUGCACACUGUAAGCAAAACACGACCGUUUGAGUACCUGCGCCUCACCAGCCUGGGGGUCAUAGGUAUUUCAUCCUCCUGUUUAGGGGGUUUAUUUGCUGGUAAUUGCACAGAGUGGUCAACAUUCAAAGUUUGUGCAGAUACUAGGAUUUUUGUUGUUUGUAUUUUUUUAGGUGCGUUGGUCAAAACAGAUGAACAAGAAGUGAUUAACUUCCUUCUCACGACUGAAAUCAUCCCGUUGUGUCUGCGCAUCAUGGAAUCAGGGAGUGAGCUCUCCAAGACGGUUGCCACUUUUAUACUUCAGAAGAUCCUGCUGGACGACACCGGUCUGGCUUAUAUCUGUCAGACGUACGAACGUUUCUCCCACGUGGCCAUGAUUCUCGGUAAAAUGGUGCUGCAGCUCUCCAAAGAACCGUCAGCUCGACUGCUGAAACACGUGGUCCGCUGCUACCUGCGCCUCUCCGAUAACCUCAGAGCCAGAGAGGCGCUGCGUCAGUGUCUUCCCGACCAGCUGAAGGACAGCACCUUCGCCCAGGUGCUGAAGGACGACACCACCACCAAACGCUGGCUCGCGCAGCUGGUGAAAAACCUGCAGGAAGGCCAAGUCACCGACGCCAGGGGCAUCCCGCUCGCUCCACAGUGACGGAGCCGGGCGUCGUCGUGGACACGGACUCACCGUUCAGGAUCUGGGUUUUCCCCAGGAUGGUGCUACGACAGUCCUCAGAGACGAGGAGGAAAUGGAGGAAGUUUUAUUUGCUUUUAGAAAACGUUCCUGUUCCGAGGACGUGAGAAACCAGGCCCGAGCCUGUGCAGAACCCUUGGUUCGUUGUUGGUUUUGGCGAAAAGCUUCUUUAUUUUUUUCCCCAAACUACAAAAUAAAAUAAUAAUUAAGUGAGAAUAUUUG